AAAGAGAGAGAGCGAGUCGCAUAUAUUUUCUUUCAGAGAGACGGUCCUUGCCUUAUUAUCCUCAUUUUUCUUUCAGACAAAUAAACAAACACUUGAUCUGCAUUAAUUUCUCAAAUUCUCUGUAGCUAAACUGAAAUCAUCCACAGCUAAAUCUCCCCUGUUGUACCUUGUUUUCCCUUCGCCGCAGUUUCCUCUCUCCGGCGCCGCCCAACCAAAACCCUCUGCACACAUUCAAGAAAAAAGAAAUAAAAAAAAAUACAGCAGCCAUGCUUAUCAUCCAACAAUGUUUGCCCACCCUACAAUCACUACCCUCUUCAAUUACAAGCCACUCGAGUAUAAAGCCGCCGCCGUUUCUACACUGCAGGCCUCCAUUUAAAGCCGGGUUUUCAUCUAAACUGUACUCGCCGGUCACGCGAGUGGGGAUCAAGAACUUGCGGUCAGAUAUCGAUAUAAACGGUGUUGUUGUUGAUGAUGGUGCUGCUGGUGAUAGUGAAGUAACUGAUGAUGAUAUGAAUGACGUUUCUUGGCUUGGAGGCGGCUUCGGGGAUCGAAAAGCCGAAGAUAAGGAUUACGACAAAGAUCCCGAGUUUGCCGAGAUUCUUGGCUCUUGUCUUGAUGACCCUCAGAAAGCUCAGUCUAGAAUGGAGGAGAGACUGAGGAACAAGAGGAGCAAGAUAUUGCAUACGAAAACCGGUUCACCAAAUCCAAUGGCAGUGAAGUUUAACAAGUUCGAAUUCUCGAAUUCAUAUAUAUGGCUGGAAUUCUACAAUACGCUAUUGGACAACGAUGUUUCUUUGAUCUGUGACACAUUUCGGUCGUGGCACAUUGUCGGACGACUUGGCGGAUGCAAUUCUAUGAACAUGCAAUUGUCGCAAAACCCAUUCGACAAAAGACCGACCUAUGAUGCUACUCAAGGGGCGAAUGUUACGCCGGCUACAUUUUACAACAUAGGGGACCUCGAAAUUCAAGAUAAUUUAGCUCGAAUAUGGGUGGAUAUAGGUACUAGUGAACCUCUACUCUUGGAUGUUUUGGUCAAUGCAUUGACUCAAAUAAGUUCUGAUUAUAUUGGAAUAAAGCAAGUGAUGUUUGGUGGAUCUGAAUAUGGAAGCUGGAGAGAGAACUUGAAAACAGAGGUUGCAGGAUACAGCAUUCACAAGAUUUAGGAUAUUUCAUUUUUUUAUUUUUUUUUUACUUCUGUUAUAUAUAGUAUGUAGGAUUGCUAAUCAAUGCAACAUUUCGAAAUAUCGUAAUUCGCUAAUUUCGUUUUUUAUCUCUAUAAAUAACAUCCUGUUGAGAAGAAAAAACAAGGG